GCGAUGUGUUGUAUGGUGCAAGCAUCGUGGGUGUCGUCCACAUCUUAACCACGGUACCAAUUUCCUCUGAAAAAUGAGCAUCUUCUCAGCAUAUAUAAUGCCCUGCAUCCUAUCAACAUCUGUCUGUUUCCUCAUCAUCUACAAAUCUCGUAUCUUCCAAGUCAGAACAGCUCAAGAAUACAACUUACCAUCCACUACCACAACACCAACACCAAACAUCAAACCAAGCAAAAGCUUCUCUACCACAAACAUUAAGAUGUACGCCAGAGCCUUCGUCCUCUCUCUCUCCAUCUCUCUGGGCAUUGCCAUUCCCAUCUCCCCCGUCGCCCGCCCCUACAUCCCAAGCAGUCUUGGGACUCUCGGCCCCAUCGCCAGGGUCGUCACCGAAGCCGAAAAUGAAGUUCUCACGGCACCCAUCCCCAAAAAGUGGAUGCACACACACGGUUUCUCAGAGUCUGAGGAGCCCGAGGCAAAGAUGCGAUCCACGGUUAGAGAUUGCCCAGAGGGCAUUGCGUGUGCCGGUCUCAUCAAGGAUGUGAUUCACACGAUGGAUAAGGUUCUGGAGAAGGCCAAGGAGGAAAUUGGCGAAGGACUUGAUGAGGCCAAGAAGCAGAUUGACGAGAAACUUGGCGAUACGUGGAUGCCCAAGUGUUAGACGGUUCUGCCUGAUGUGAGAAGGCAAGUGCGCUGGGGGUAUGAAGGGUGGAAACGAGAUAUCCUAGCCGAUGGACUGAUUCGGAUGAUCUGAUUGAUUGAAGGGUAUCUGUUGGUCGCAAUACUCGC